GACACAAAGCUUUUCAAACAGUAAUGCCAACCCUCUCCAAACUACCACCAUGGAGGCUCCAGAGGGUCAGGGGAGACUGCAGAGCGGACUACCCUCACCUGGACACCCCCAUGCCAGCUACCAACGAUCUGGCACAACCUCCAUCUCUCCUGCCUUACUCCUCCCGUCUAUCCGAAUCAGAACUUCCACUCUGUCGUCAAGGAGACCGACGCCGGCAGGUACUGGCAUUACGGAAACGCGAUGUGGCAUGCACGCCGUUAGACAGCCAGGUGCAUUCCGGGGUGAGCCAGGAUCAGGGAUGAGGAUUGGCCGAUCAUCUCCGAGAGGAAGGACUCGGACACGCCUCCUCUCCAACAGCAGCUUAGAUCUGGGAGAGGAAGAGGAAGAGGAGGAAGAGGAGGAGGAGGAGGAAGAGGAGGAGGAAGAGGAAGAGGAUGAUGAUGAUGAUGAGGAGGAGGAGGAGGAAGAAGAGCCAGAGGGUAGUGGUUUGCUGGGGGUGGUGACUCAGACCCUAACUCCUGCUCUUCCCUCGUCCCCUGCUCCUUCAGCGAUGGAUAGGAGGAUGAGUAAAAGAGAGAGGAACAGGGUGAGGAGGCAGAGGAGGAGGCAGAGGAGGAGAGAGCGAUGGAGACAGAGCCAGCAGGACAAUACACAGAAUUCAACAGGGAACCCAUCGAGCAGCAGUGAGGAAGAGGAUGUGAGUGCUGGGGACAGAGAGGGCUUCAUCUGUGCUGUGUGUCUGGACAUUUACUUCAGCCCUUACAUGUGCCACCCCUGUAACCACAUCUUCUGUGAGCCCUGCCUCCGUACCCUGGCCAAGAACAGCCCGACCAACACCCCCUGCCCACUCUGCAGGACCGCCAUCACCCACGGCUUCUUCCAGAAGGAGUUGAACCACACAGCACGGUCAUUCUUCCCAAAAGAAUACCUCUCACGGAAACAGACUUUCCAGAAGGCAAGCUGUGCAAAAUGGCCGCUCCCAAGCUGCAGGAAACUUUUCCGUAUUUUUGGAAGUUUCCAAAGGCAAACUAGUCCGAUAGCCAGGCGUCAGUUCCCCCAUGGGGGGUAUCGUCUGGACACCAUGGACUUUGAGGACGAUUCUCGUGGCUGGCGUUUCGACAUGGACAUGAUCAUUAUCUAUAUCUACUCUGUCAACUGGGUCAUCGGCUUCAUCAUCUUCUGCUUUCUCUGCUACGUCUUCUUCCCUGCCUUCUAAAGACGGAUGGAUAGGUGGGUGGAUGGAUGGAGAGAGGAAGGGAGGAGGUUAAAGGAGGAGAGGAGGCAGAGUCAUUUACAGACAAAUUGGAGAUGUGCUUGGUAGAAGACAACCAACAGUGUUCCAGCUGAUCCCUAUUGAAUUGAGGAAACAGGGUACCAUAUAUGGGGCAUUGGGGAAUCACAUGAUCUGUACACAGUCUACCUAUAAUAUCAUGAAGGCAAUGCUUCAAGUUGAAUGGAAAUAAGCAACAACAAAAACGUACCUGGAUUGAUUCUAAGUCUUUUUUAUGAUUGGCAAUAGCAAUUAUUUGUAAGCCGCCUUCACUCUUGCCAGAAGUAGAAAUCUGCUCAUGCCUUUCUAACGGUUUGUUUCGCUGAUAUGUACAGAAAACUGUUACAUACAAGUAUUAUUUUAUUUAAAAAAUAUAUAUAAUUCUGCGUUUCCUCUACUCCAUUUAGAAAAUGGGUUGCUCAGCAUUGUGGAUUCAAUUCAUUCACUUCUGCUCUAAAUGGCUCUCAUGGUCAUGAUGUAAUUUCUUCUGUUUAUUUCCGGCAUCAGAGCACUCCUUGGGUCUGUAGUCGUUCCAAUUCAAAGUAUUCACAGUGGCAUUGCUUGAAAUCAGCUAUUGUGCUGUUAAGAGUAUUGUACAAUUGAUUUGUACAAUUCCUGACAGUAAUAAAGUCAUUAUACCGAACCACAUGGUUUUCCUGGGUUUCAGAGUCACAGAGUCCCUAAAUAUAAAGAGGAACCAGGGCUCGACAUUAACGC